AUGAUGGGCUUAAAUUACCAGUCGAUGAAAGUAGCGCACGAGGCCAGGGAAGCGGAGGAGCAGAGGACAGACUUGAGGAGGAAGAGUCUUCUAGUCCUCAUAUACCAUCACCUCAUGGGACAAGGAUACAUGGAAGCUGCCCUGGCUCUCGACCAAGAGACAAACUUGGGCCUGAGGAGGUUUGAGGUGUGUGACAACAUCGACCUGGAGAUGGUGCUGAUGGAGUACGAGAGCUACCACUACGUUAAAUACCAGAAGUAUCCCAAACUCAUCAGGAAGGUCACAGAAGCAGGUGAAAACAGAUGUGGAAAGCCUUCUAGUGUUAAAAGGAAUACCUGCUCAGUACCAAAGCCUCUGCCUAAAAUCACGUCUUCUCAACAUCCAAGCUCAGGGAAGAAAACCGCAGCCAGUGCACAGCCAAAUAUGGAGCUCGGACUCAUCAUGCUGUCUGUAGAGCAGGACCGGCCCCUCAUGUGUGACCCUGUCCAGGCCGGUGUCUCAGAGCGAGGAGGAGGUUAUCCAUCAGCACUCUCACUCCACCUCUGCUCUGCUAGCAAAGGCAUCAGUGACACAGAACAAAUGAUGUCACGGGAACGUUUGCUGAAGCCUCUAAAUGGAUUCUCUGGGAUAACUGAAGAAAUGAGGGAACUGGCUACCAUCAUCAGUAGGGACAUCUAUUUGCACAGCCCGAACGUGCGCUGGGAGGACAUCAUCGGCCUGGAAGACGCUAAGCGAUUAGUCAAAGAGGCCGUCGUCUACCCCAUUAAGUACCCCCAGUUAUUUACCGGGAUAUUGUCACCAUGGAAAAGCUUACUGCUUUAUGGGCCUCCAGGUACAGGGAAGACUAUGCUGGCCAAGGCUGUAGCUACAGAGUGCAAGACCACCUUUUUCAACAUCUCUGCCUCCAGCAUCAUCAGCAAGUGGAGAGGAGACUCGGAGAAACUAGUCCGGGUAUUGUUUGAUCUAGCCAGGUAUCACGCUCCAUCCACAAUCUUUCUGGAUGAACUGGAGUCAGUGAUGGGUCAAAGAGGGUCCACUAUGGGAGGGGAGCAUGAGAGCAAUCGCAGGAUGAAGGCUGAGCUCCUGGUUCAGAUGGAUGGACUGGCCAGAUCAGACGACUUGGUGUUUGUGCUAGCCGCCUCCAACCUGCCAUGGGAGCUGGACCAUGCGAUGUUGAGGAGGCUGGAGAAGAGGAUCCUGGUGGGCUUCCCCUCAUCCCUGGCUCGACAGGCCAUGGUCUCACACUGGCUGCCUCCAUUCCGCUCCACCGAGGGAGGGGUAGAACUGCGCACUCAGCUGGACUAUCAGACUCUCGCCAAGGAGAUGGAGGGUUACUCUGGCUCGGACAUUGCAUUGGUUUGUAAGGAGGCCUCCAUGAGACCUGUGCGGAAGAUCUUUGAUGCUCUUGAAUCAAUUCACAAUGGUGAUACAGACACUCCUGCCAUCUGCUUAGACACUGUGACCACGGCUGAUUUCAUGGAAGUACUCGCCCACAUCAAGCCCUCAGCCAGGAGCCUUAUGGACAGAUAUACGGCCUGGGAAAAGGAAUACAAGUCUGUGUAG